UUUUUGGAAGGUUUCAAUCCUCUUCUCUCCAGUCUGGCUUGGGAGUAAGUCUUAAUUCCAAGGAAACCCUCGAACCCACGCCUUCACUCUUCUCACUUCACUCAAAAAUAAAUUCAAAUUGUCUUUUAAAAGAUAGCUUUGAUUGUACCGGUUUUUAGACUACAUUUUUUCUUUAUUUAUAGUUAGACCCCAACUUAAAAUCAUCUUUUCUCGUUUUAUGUUAAAUAUCUUAAAAAAUAUUUUUUCAGCAUUCAGCCAAUUUUUUGUUUUCAUAUUUUCUUUUUUUAAAAACAUUUUUGUAUCCGAUCUCAUCAUAUUUUAUUUUCAUUUCUCUCCAUUUUUAUUUUUACUAUAUUUUACCCGUUUAAUCGCUUAUAUAACAUUGAGUGAACUAAAAAAACAAUGAAAAUAUUAUGCUGCAACAAAAUGCUCGAAAAGUGUGUCAGCUUCAUCCCUGCUUUUCAUCUCAUCCUGUGUUAAGAGGAUGUUCUACUAUUUAAAAAAAUACAACAAACAAAAAACUCUUCAUUAUAUAUUUGAAGAGACCAAUUCUUUUUUUAUUAUUUAGCUAUUUUUUUAGUUUUACAAGUUAUUUUAGACUUAAAUUCUCUCUUUUUAAACUGUAAAUGACUCUGUCCCUGAAAAGUGACUGGAAGAAAAUUAGAAAAUUGUAAUGGGAUAUAACUUGGAUUUUGUGGAUAUUUGGUGGCUCUAGUUUAGGACCAGCGUCCCAUGACCAGUAGAGCCCACACAUCUGGUU